GGAGCCGCGCGACGUCACCCAUUGUUUACAAAUCAACCCGAGCCGGCAGCGUCCCGGCUCCCGCGGCUGUAAAGCGCGCGGUGCCACUGCCCGGUGGCCCCGGCUUCCGCGUCCCAGGCCCGGCCCUGCCCCGGCCUCCGCCCCGCUCCCGCCCCAGCCGCGGCCCGCCGAGCCCGCGGGCAACCGAGCCGCCAGCGACGCCCGCACAGCCGCGGGGGCCCGGGCGGGGGGCCAUGCCGUGCCGGAGGGAGGAGGAGGAGGAAGCCGGCGACGAGGCGGAGGGGGAGGACGACGACGACAGCUUCCUCCUGCUGCAGCAGUCGGUGACUCUGGGCGGCUCGGCCGACGUGGACCGGCUCAUCGCCCAGAUCGGCGAGACGCUGCAGCUGGACUCGGCGCACGACGGCCCGGCCUCACCGUGUGCUGCCCCGGGUCCCCCGGCCCCGCCUCCGCCCCCGCGAGUCCUGGCGACGCUGCCGGCGGACAAGGCCGGGGCCCCGGCGAGGCAGCUGCUGUGGCCGGCCGCGCCUGCGGAGGCCGGGGCCCCGGCGCCCCCCGGGGCCGUGCGCUGCGUGCUGGGGGAGCGCGGACGCGUGCGGGGCCGGGCGGCUCCAUACUGCGUGGCGGAGCUCGCCGCGGGCUCUAGCACGCUGUGCCCUUUGCCCCCGCAGCCCGGCCUUGAGGGACCCCCGGGGACCUGCAAGCCAAGCAACCCGCAGCCUCUUUCGGGCCCGUGCCGGCGGGGUUGGCUCCGGAGCGCAGCCGCGUCCCGCCGCCUGCAACAGCGACGCGGAUCUCAACCGGAGACCCGCACCGGCGACGACGACCCGCACCGGCUCCUGCAGCAGCUCGUGCUCUCGGGAAACCUCAUCAAGGAGGCGGUGCGCAGGCUCCAUUCACGACGGCUACAGCUACACGCAAAGCUUCCCGCACACCCGUUCAUCGGGCCUCUGUCGGCCCCGGUGCACGAGCCGCCUUCUCCCCGGAGUCCUCGAGCGGCCUGCAGCGACCCAGGUGCUUGCGGGAGGGCGCGGCUCAGAACUGGGGACGACCUUCUUGUCCCUGGCAGCUAACAACCAGGGUGGCCACAGCACCAGCCUGUAGCUGGGGACCAAGAGAUUCACCCAGGAUUGCACCGGACUGGUGGAGAACUAGAGCAUUUGAAAACGGGAUAAUAAACUAAGAAAUACUGGCGAAAAAUCACCAUUAUUUUCAUGGGGUCACUGAAGUUGAGAGCCCCAAACGGUUUGAAAUCCAGGACUUAGGCUUGUUUAAAGCAGAUUUUAUAGAACGCACUGCAGGCUGUCAGCAGGACUCCCUUUUUCCGCAGAAUCCAACCUGGUCGCUCCUAUGUCGAGCAGACUCGUUGGGGCAAUCCGACGACCACGUGGCUAUGGUGCAUGCUCUCAGGAUCGGCCAGCCGUGGUGGAACGAGGGAUGAUGAUCACAGUUAUAUGCUGUACUUUUCAGGGCUGCUUUCUGAUCCUCUUUGGGGGAGGGGGGAACAAGAGUGGAUGUAAUUUCGGGGAGCACCCCAAAAUGCUACAUUUGAACAUUUUAUGGCAGUUAAAAGACCGUCUCAUAUCUUUUGUGGUGCUGGUUUUAAUGUAAAACAUGCGGUACCAAGAAAGGACCCUCACGGGGCUAAAUAGAAGUAACUUUUUUUUUUCCUGUUUGUCCUCUUUUUUGCAACUGGUUGCUGUUACCGGAGUGUUGAAGCAAUGUUGUACCUCAAGUGGGAGUGGGAGGCGGCAGUGAGCGGUUUUGGGCCAUGGAAGGGUAUGGCGAAGCACGGAUUGGACUCUCCUGCCUUCCUGAAGUGUUUGUUUGGUUGGUUGGUUGGUUUUUCUA